AUGGGGUGCUGGCGUCGCAUCUUAGUGGACGACAUCGUUCCUGUGGAUAAAAAUGGCAAGCCUCUUUUACCACGAACGUCCAACAACUUCGAGCUAUGGCCGAUGCUUCUCGCCAAAGCACUUCUCAAACUGGCCUCAUUGACUUGGACCAAACGCCGCGAGAUCGUCGAUUUUCAUCCAAUCACUUGUUUUACAGGUUGGACCUGCUUGACAAUGAAUAUCGCGCAUCUUACGUUGCAAGAUAAGUGGGAUUUCCUAACAAAAUAUUCCGAACGUUUUGAGUGGACUUCGCAAACCGCACAAGAUUAUAUUCCAGAAAGCUCUGUGAAUAUGACUAGCGAGACAAAGAAACCCAGAGAAACUUGGCUUGCCGCCGAACCCGGUAAACCUCAACCGAUCGCGCUAUUUGUCCUCUUGGGCGACAUGCGAGCACUCGGAAGCGAUGCGGUGCCUGGGCUGUCACCCUGCUGGGAUCACAUAAUUCAUAUCGUCCAGUCACGUGAUAUUCCUCUCGAUCCCAAAGAUGUAAAGCCGCCAUUAGCAAAGUGGAAAUUUCAUCGCUGGUUAAAGUGGGCCGUUUCGCGAAAUAUGAUCGAUCUUGCCGAUUACUUCGUCCCGAUUCGUUAUUUGAAAGUGAUCAGUCCUCUCAAAGAGUGCAACAGGAGCGUUGGUCGUGAUAAAAGUGACGUUGCAGGAAACUUGAUCUCUUCAAACGAGAUCGAGCGGUCCGAUAAAUUUACUCGGAGAAUGAGAUCUCAGAGAAUAUCAGACUUACCCACCGCAUCGAAAGAAGAAGCAAAGGAAGACGUCAAUCGAUGGAUCGACUUCAACAAAAUAGCCUCAUACGUGACGGAAGUAUAUCUGUUUUAUAAGCUGGAGUACUUCCAGCAAUCGAUUCGAGUAACAGACAUAUUAAAGAUAGCCAGUGAGAAUCAUAAAUCAGAAACAGCAAAGGCUGCUUCAAUAAAAGAAACUGAAAAGGAAAAAGCAGACAUUUACAACAAUAUCGGCAAGAUAUUAAAAUCCAGAUAUAAACCUCUGUAUUUGUUCUGCGAUUCUCCGAAGAAAAAAUUUUUCUUGGUCAAUCUUUGCGCCGCACCGAAGAAGAAGAACGAUUUGCACAAAAAGAAUUACUUGAUCCUUGAAAAAUACAACUGGUUCUUUAUAUCGGAUUCAUCGGAUCAAUCAAUAACUAUUUCCACUACUGGCAACAAGUCAACUAUUGUGGAAUUGGAAGCUGGCAGGCAACUUUUGCAGAUUCACAGUCGUUUAGACUCAGGUCUGAUGAUUAUUUCUUCAGAUACGGAUUUUUAUCUUGGAGAUCGAGCAACUGUGCAACAACUGAUGACCUCAGAGUCGAACAGAAUUGAGCAGAUAUCGAAAAUAAUUAGCGACAACCUCUGUAAAGCUUAUCGAUCGUUUGGAACAAGGAAUUACCCAUCAAUGUUGAAAAACUUUUACCAAAGCUACAUGCCUAACUUGCAGUUUGCUUCUUCAAAAGAAAAUAAAAAUUUUCGGACGCUAAUACACCAUUUCUUCAUGGAAGAACAAGUUCGGUUGAUCAAGGAGAUUGUUUCUGAGGAAGAACUCCAAGACAUUCUUCACUCUUUGAAAAUAUUUUUCCUAAAUCCGCGUAUUAGAUUAGAAUCUCUCGAUUUAAUGACAAAUCGAAAUAUUUUUCAAAAUCUUGCAAUAAGAGAAACUUCGAAAAUAUGGUUUUCCACAUCGGGCAAUUGUGAAGAAGUCCUAGAUCAAGCUGCAACUACGAUUCAAUCUUUUCUCAAGAUGGCUGUCGUCAAAGGAUAUAAAAAACUUCACAAUCCUGAUCACGCUUUCCAUACGCAGAUUCGUGAACGACUCCUGAAGAUAUCCGCUCUAUUUGAUUUGUCUCUCGCAAGUCGAUUAUUAAGGAACGUUAUUAAUCGUCAUGACAGCCUGCGUGAUCUGUAUCCUUGUUCUGAAGACUUCAUACACGUUCUGAAUAUUCAGGAAUUCAAAGGUAUCCUAAAAAACAUCAGGUACGAACAGUACUUCCCGAUUGUUAGGCUCGUUGUAAAUCCUAAGCCCAAAGAGGCGGUUCUCGCGGCCUUCGAAUUGCUAAUCGAUCUUCCUCGUUUCGCACUGCGUGUCUUCAACAACCAAAAUGGACGCGAGAUGACACGUCUUGUGAACCACGUGAUUCCAACUUAUUACGAGUACCUUCCGGAUGGUUACACGGUGUUCGCUUACAGCUGGAGCGAUAAGCAUUUUAAAGAGUUUGACUGGACAAUUCGCGUGAUUACUAUGAAAGGUGACCCAAUACUCUAUCAACUGGAUGAGCAGCAGCCUUUGUCCUUAGAGAUCAAACCACCAAGACUGAAAGUCGACGAAUUAAUCGGUACUUAUAUCCCGAACGUGAGAGAUUGUAUCUUGCGUUGUAUUCUGCAAACGACUUCAAAGAGAAGCAUCGUUUCGAUAAGGUUGACAACCUCUUACAACCUAACGGAAAUCAGAAUAAAAGUUGCCGAUGAAGAUGGCAACAUUUUGAUUGACGUGAACGGUGAUUCAACGGUAUUAUUACCCUUAGUGAUUUUGAAACAUACCACCAGGAAUGAGGAAGAUUAUAGGACUGAGAAUAAUAGCCAAGAUAUUAAAAAAAAGAAGAAAAAUGCGAAGAAAAAAAAUUUAUAUUAUAUAGAGGCUUUCGUGUUCAACAAUAGUUGGCCCCUCACGAAUGUCGAGUGGACAGUCGCGAACCAGGCAAAGAUGAAGAGAGCUGAAAAUAUUAAAAUAAAAAUACAAUCUGGGAAUAAAGCAUCAUCAAGGUCAGGUCUGUCGACGAUGAGGAAGGACACGAAGCAAUUCGCGAGUGAUGUCCAAGCUUUAGAACCACCGUAUUGGAUUCUUCAGGUUGUUACAGAUGCUCGGGACGUUGUAGAGAUCUAUGAAGACAAAAGUAAAGAGCAAGAAAUAAUAUUGCUGAAAGAAAUGUGGUGGUUGAAGGAUCCAAGUCAAGCUAAACGUGGAAAGAAUUUGCGGAAAGCCUUUUUAAAUGCACACGCCUCGAAAAUUGAAUCUGACGUAUUUUCGAACCAAAACGGAAUACAAUUGAAAUUAAUAGAAGACGAAGAUAUGGAAUUUUGUCUGUCGCAUGCAAGACAAUAUAGAACCUUGAAGCCAUUGGAAUCUUAUCACUAUUUACCUGCUUUGGAUUUGACAAAAUACAUGGAAAACGAGUAUCAUCGAAUAAAGACAAAGAGCGACGAUAAAAUAUUAAAAAAUCAACAUACCGCCAUCAUCACCGACGAUCAAAUAAAUGAUUCUGAUUACUUGAAGAAUCUGGAUGACCUAAUGAACAAACAACUACGGAGACACUUAAAGCACUUUGGGAAAAAGGAGAAGAAUUUCUGGCAGAAAAGAUCAUUCGUGGACGCUGUUUACGAAACAAGAAAGAUUUACAUUAAUAGUUUGAUAGCCGAGAAAGUAAAAAAUGAAACGAAUGGAAAGAAGAAUUAAGAAGAUUCUAUUUUACGAAAUGACAGCCGCAUGAAAUGCUACUUCAAGAGCGCUGUUCACUUGAAGAGGCACACCUGUUUUGCGUUGAUGACUGUCCACGAUCCACCUUUUAAUGACGCCUCUCUGGCUGCUCAAGAAAGAAAUAACGGCGAUCCCGAUUUUUCAUUCGGGACCAGUCCACGCAGUCUAGUAAGAUUAUUAUGGAACUACGAGAAGAGGCGUCUACGAGAGAGGGUGCUUCUAGAUGUGUGUACACUGAGCGUGAUAAACGACCUCGGAUACUGGUGACGUAGUUAUCAUCGAAAAUAUUAUCAUUCCUCUUCUAA